GAUUGACAAGCUAGUCGCCAAGGUAGCCUUUUGCUACCACUAUAAAAAUACCUGGCCACACACGCCACAACUCACGCAUCCAUCUACCACACAAAAACUUCAUAUUUGUUCAUUUGUCUCCAGCAAUACAAUGGAGUACUCGUCUACUAGGGUGGUGUGUUUAGCUCUGGCGUUGGCCAUGGUCGCCGUGACGCCGUGCGCGGCCCAGAACUCGCCGCAGGACUUCGUGAACCCGCACAACGCGGCGCGCGCGGCCGUGGGCGUCGGCCCGGUGUCGUGGGAUGAGAACGUGGCCGCCUUCGCGCGGAGCUACGCCGCGCAGCGCCAGGGCGACUGCAAGCUGGUGCACUCCGGCGGCGGGCCCAACCACUACGGGGAGAACAUCUUCUGGGGCGGCGGCAGCGCCUGGAAGGCGUCGGACGCCGUCGGCUUGUGGGUGGGGGAGAAGCAGAACUACGACUACAACAGCAACAGCUGUGCGGCGGGGAAGGUGUGCGGCCACUACACGCAAGUCGUCUGGCGCAAAUCCACCGCCAUCGGCUGCGCCCGCGUCGUCUGCAACAACGGCGGUGGCGUCUUCAUCACCUGCAACUACAACCCGCCGGGCAACUUCCGCGGACAGAGACCCUACUAGCUACCUAGCUAGCUAGUUCCAAUAUCGAUUAUACGCGUACAUAUACUCUACAUGCUACCGAUUGAAUAAGCCACAAACUAAGCUUAGGCCACCAGUUGAUUAGGUUUCUUGUGAACCUACUCACCCAGGUUUAAGUGAAGUGUGCAUACAUGUAUGUGUAUGUUCUGUGUGGGGUGUGACAGUUCGUUUAGUGUUUCAUAAAAUAAAUAAAUCUCUACUACUACUUAAGUCCUUA